AUGCACUCUACCGGCCUUCUCACCUCUUGCCUCCUAGCCGGGGCCGCCGCCGCCAUCGGCGUACCAGCUACAGAAGCCGAGAUGUCAGUCGACUGGCAUCUAAGAAGAAGCCAGUUGGCUGAACCAGUCUCGGCAUCCUGCGUACAAGCCUGUGCUCAGCUCUCUGCCACAUUCCCUCCCUCACGCUUCCACUACCCAGAGAACGAUACAACCUUUGCUAUCUGGGACGCCAAGCAGCAAAAAGUCCGCCCAGCGUGCCGCGUCGAACCCACCACCGCGUCCGACGUCUCUCUCAUUCUCAAAACACUCGUCGAUAGCUGGUGCCACUUUGCCGUCAAGGGCGGCGGCCACUCGCGCAACGCGGGCGACUCCAACUCCAUUGCCGGCGUUACUAUCGACCUCGACCGUAUGAACUCGGUUGAAGUCGUCGGCAACGGAACGGAGACGCCCACGCGUGCUAGAGUUGGUGGUGGUGCGACGGUGAUUCAGGUCUACCAAGCUCUCGAGGGGAGAAAGCUCUCGUACGUGGGCGGACGGUCCGCGACUGUUGGUAUUGGCGGGUUCACGCUGGGCGGAGGAACGUCGCCUUUCUCGAGUCGGUAUGGAUGGGCUUUGGAUAAUGUCUACGAGUACGAGGUCGUCCUCGCCAACGGCACAAUCACAGCAGCCUCAGAAACCCGCAACCCGGACCUCUACUUCGCCCUCCGCGGCGGCAGCAAUAACUUCGCCAUCGUCACAACCUUCACCGUCCGCGUCUUCCCCCAAGACGCCGUCUCCAGCCACCGCGCAACGUACACCUCGGUAAACCAGACCGAGAGUGCCCUCGACGCCAUCUACGACCUCUUCACGAAUCCCCAACUCACUGCCGAUAAAGACAUGGCUUAUGACUUUUAUUACAUGUUCAACCAGGCCUCGGGGGCCUUCUCGCUCAUGGGGUCGGAGUGGUACGCGAACCCAGCGGUCCUGGAGCCGGAGGUCUUUAGCGCUAUUCGGAGUGUCCCCUCGACGACCAGGACUGCGAGGUUGGGGUCCAUGGCGAAUCUGACUGGGACGUUGCAGCCGCCUGUCUUAGGCACCACGCGCCACCUCUUCGGCACAAUAAGCACUCUCCCCUCCCGCGCCCUCCUCACUCAGGCCUUUGAAAUCUUCAGAGAAGAAGUGUCAGCCAUCUCCACCGUCGAGGGUCUGGCCCCGAACCUCAUCUGCUACCCUCUAUCGACAACCGCCAUCCAAGCAAUGAAGCAACGCGGCGGCAACGCACUCGGCAUCAACCAAGAUGAGCCACUCUAUAUCUUCCUCGUCUCAACAGCCUGGUCCAACGCCCAGGAUGAUAAAGCCGUGGAACGAAUGACGGCAAACGUCCUCUCCCGCAUGGAAACCUACGCCCAAGAGUCUGAGAUCGCGCACCCUUACCUAUACAUCAACUACGCGUCCGCAGCGCAGGCGGACAAGGUCUUUGCCGGGUACGGGGAAGAGGAUGUCCGUCGGCUCAAAGCUGUCGCUCACGAAUUCGACCCGGAGGGCGUCUUCUCGUCCGAUGGUCUCUGGCGUGGGUUUGUCAAGUUGCUAUGA